CUGUCAGAAAGUUAACCACAAAACGAAUUUAUCAGUUUUUAUGUUAACCGUCGACGAUUUUUUCAUUACAAAAGGAAAUCUGAUGUAUCAGAAUCGAUUAAUACGCAAGCUCCGUUACACAAAGGAACCUCAAAAAUAAUCUCGUUCAGAAUAGUUCAAACAAUAAUCUGGACGUAAAGGAUGACCCACUUGUGUUUGUGUAGUCGUGCAUAAUCCGAACGGUUUAUUUAUUAUUCGGAUAUUGAAUAUGUGGAUAGAUAACGAUUAAUUAUUGACGGCGAACUCAUCGAAUUUCAUUUAUAAAAAUUAUUGUAUUCCGCAAUUUGUGACGUAGCUUAAAGUGCAAAGAAAAUAAGUUUGUGUUGCAAUUUUUUAAUAGUAAUCAUGGAAGGAGGCCCAAAUAUCCAAGAAGCCGACAAUUUAACUAUCUCUUCGGAUGAAGAAAACAUGACAAACACCUGUUAUUACAGUUGCUUUGAUCCCAGAGGAAAAUCCCAUCGAUUUAUAGCAUUAUUUUUUAUGUGUUUCUUAGGGUUUGGUUCAUAUUUUUGUUAUGAUAAUCCUGCAGCUUUACAAGAUUAUUUUACCAAAGAUUUAAAUAUGACCAGUCAACAUUUCGUUAUGUUGUAUUCAUUGUAUUCCUGGCCAAAUGUUGUUUUAUGUUUUGUGGGCGGAUUUCUUUUAGAUAGUGUUUUUGGUAUAGGACUUGGAACAAAUAUAUACAUGUUCUUAACGUUAUUAGGUCAAGUCGUUUUUGCUUAUGGUACAAUACAAAAUGAAUUUUGGGUUAUGGCAUUGGGACGAUUUAUUUUUGGAACUGGUGGUGAAUCAUUAGCUGUUGCCCAAAAUAAUUAUGCAGUACUUUGGUUUAAAGGGAAAGAAUUGAAUAUGGUUUUCGGGCUUCAAUUGAGUUUAGCUCGAAUUGGAAGUACCGUAAACUUUUGGAUUAUGGAAUCUAUUUACCAAUGGGUUGGACAUACUUAUACGGGAUACGAAUGUUUAGGUUUAGCAUUAUUUAUAGCCGGAUUUUCGUGUAUAAUAUCGAUGGUGUGUUCCUUAUUUCUUGGUUGUAUGAAUAAACGAGCCGAUAGGCUUUUAAGAAGACAACAAACUGAAACGAACAUAUCUCCUUUAGCCAAUUUGUUAAGCGUUAAAGAUUUUCCGAGUGCUUUUUGGCUCGUUUCAGUUAUAAUAACCGCUUAUUAUGUGACUAUUUUCCCUUUUAUAGCUCUAGGAAAGCAAUUUUUUAUAGAACGAUUUAAUUUAGAACCACAACAAGCCAAUAACGUAAAUAGCAUAAUUUAUUUAAUAUCCGGUGUAGCAUCCCCAUUUUUGGGCUAUUUAAUUGAUAAGGCGGGUAGAAACUUAACAUUCGUUGUAAUUUCCAUAAUAACGACUGCGAUCGCUCAUUCCAUCAUCAUUUUUACUUAUUUAAAUCCUUACGUGGGUAUGGCCAUCAUGGGAAUUGGAUAUUCAUUAUUGGCGAGUGGUUUAUGGCCUUUGGUGGCACUUUUAGUACCUGAGCACCACUUGGGGACUGCUUAUGGAAUCUGCCAAGCUGUUCAAAAUUUAGGUAUGGCUGUGAUAUCGUUAUUAACUGGAUUCAUUCAACAUCAUUAUGGGUAUUUUUGGUUGGAAAUGUUCUUUUUGUAUUCAUUGGCGAUUUCGUUUAUGGCUACAAUCUGUUUGUGGAUUUGGGACAGAAGAUGUGAUGGAACGUUGAAUAUGUCACCGUUACGUCGUGAACAGAGGGAAAUGUAUUUAUCGACGAGUCAAGAUAAAGAAAGACUGCUAAAGGACGUGAAUGAGGAGGAAGGUGAAAGCUCAGGUGACGCAAUGCAACCAAGUUCAGACAUACAAAUAAGAAAUAAGUAUUUGCAAAAGAUUGGAACUCCGCCACCGAUGAGUCUUAAUUCGAGCUAUUACAACAACGCGAUACAUUCCCGGCUUAGUUAACAUUUUAUUUUUAAUGAUAUACAUUUUUUUCUCUUAUCAUGUGAUAUAAACGUUUUACUUUUUAUUAAUUUUUAAAUCAAUGUAAGAUGUAGAGAGUAAUUUUUAGCUCAAUGAUCAAUCGAGGGAACAAGUUUGAAUUCAUUUUAAAUCAAAAUCAGAUUUUCUGAAAAUAUUUUUGACAUAACCAGCCGGACUGGUGCUUUUAAAAAAAACUGUACCAUAUCUCAAGAAAGUAAUUCAGUAUUUAAUCAGGUUUAGAAUUUAAUAAUUAAACUAAAAUACAAAAAUAAAACGGAAUUUUAUGUAUAUUAGUUUAAAUUAUAAAUAAAUUAUAUCAGAUGAUUAUUUUUGUAGAUAAAAGAUACAAUAAGAUGUUAAUAAGAAUAUUAUCUGUAUAUUUAUGUAACAAUAAAGAGAUUUCUUUGUGAUAACUGAUUAAUUAAAUAAAGAAUAAAUAGAG